GGAGGAGGCCUUGAGGAGCACUGGUAAAAAUGGCUGUCCCCCGAGACGGCGUCCCUUCCCUGUCGGAGUGCCGGUGCGGGAUCUGCGUGGAAAUCCUGAUUGAGCCCGUGACCCUCCCGUGCAACCACACGCUCUGUAAGCCGUGCUUCCAGUCCACGGUGGAGAAGGCGAAUUUGUGCUGUCCCUUCUGUCGCCGCCGAGUCUCUUCAUGGGCUCGGUACCAUACCCGGAGAAAGACCCUUGUCAAUAUGGAACUGUGGGAGAUGAUUCAGAGACUGUAUCCGAAGGAAUGCGAGCUCAGAGCUUCCGGACAGGACACGGGAGAAAUCGCAGAAGACUAUCAACCAGUUCGUCUGAUAAGUAAGCCUGGGGAAUUGAGAAAAGAAUAUGAAGAAGAGAUAAGCAAGGUGGAAGCAGAGCGACGAGCAAAUGUGGAGGAAGAAAACAAAGCCAGUGAAGAGUACAUACAGAGAUUAUUGGCUGAGGAGGAGGAGGAAGAAAAGAAACAAGCAGAAAAAAGGCGAAAUGAGAUGGAAGAACAACUGAGAAAUGACGAGCAACUGGCAAGAAGACUAAGCAUUGAUAUUAAUAAUUCCUCUGAAGGAAGUAUCUUGGAUUCUCCAUUGGAUUCCAGAAAAUCUGAUUUGGUAACAACCAAGUCACAAAAGAAAAAUAACAAUAAACAGAGAUACAUAGGAAAUAUUCAAAAAUAUUUGUCACCUAAAUCUCAAUUAAAGUCAGCAUCAUGGUCUGAAGUUAUUCAAGAAAUCAGGAAAAACUCCACAUCCAAGGAAACAGACAGUAGUGAUGUAGGAAACCUUACAUGGCAAGACACAGACAGUGAAGAUAUGCCAACACUUUCUCCUCAGAUGUGCCUUGAAAUUCAAGAACAAAGAGCAGAGUCUGCAGUAGAGUCACCAAUGCCUUGUUUAUGUGCCUAUGAUGUAGACGAGUGCCUUGAGGGAGAAGUCAAAGCAGAACCAGACAAUCAGGAUAAGGAACAACAUGUCCUAAGUCAUGAGGAACUCAAACCCACAGCCCCCGACGCUGGAGAAGCCAUGGUGAAGCCUGCUGGCCACACAGAGAGUGGAUGUACCCCAUCAGCUCUGACGCAGCCAAACAACACAGCUGAGGUAGCCAACCAAGACUCUUGCCUCCUGAUGAGCCAGGCUAUUUCUAACAGUGAAGACCAGGCAUCUGCAUUGGAAACAGUCACAGAGCCAGACUUAUGUGCCAAAAGAAGGAAAAUAUGUCCCAAAUCUCCUUCAGGUCAAGAGGAAACAAAUAUAACCUUUACCCAAAAACUUCUGGAUUUGGAACGUCUACUUUUUGAGAGGCACAAACAGGAAGAACAAGAUAGAUUAUUAGCAUUAGAACUUCAGAAACAGGAGGAUCAAGAACGAAUGAAACCGAACAGGCAAAAGGGAUCCCCAGGUGAGUAUCAGUUGCGAGCUACAACCUCACCUCCAGACAAGCUGCUCACAGGACAGGGGCAGAAUCUCAAGGAUAGGAACAGCAGAAGGCAGACUGAUAAGGAGCAUUCCAAACCGCAGAGAGGCUGCGGGUACGAAAACCGGCAACCUCCUUUCAAGAUCCAGGUGAAGACUCCAGCUGCUAAUGGAAGAAGAGUGCGGAAUUCUACCAGAGAUAACUGUAAUAUAUCUAAAAGUGCUUCUUCCUUACAGCCUAGUAAUUCACAGAAAAGUAUUUUCCAGAUGUUUCAGAAAUACACAAAAUAAUGCAUCGGUAGAGGGGAGUGUUUUAUAAUCCGAUAAAGUUGGAUUAUGAAAUUCUUUUCUAUCCCAGAAUCUACAUUGGUCAUCCAUUUCUGCUGUGUAGACACACCACUCACUGUCUUGAAAGGAGGGCGGGACACAAGAGAAGAACAGACACUUCUGCAGAACGCUUAAGAAACAGAGGUCGUUAUUCUUACCAUUGCUAAUCACUGAUGGACUGACACCUCCCAAAGAUAGAAAACUGCUCAAAAUCUUCUCAUACCAUCCCCUUUCCAAAAAAGUGCAUGUUUUAUGACUUUUGCUUACCUUUUUGUUAUGAGUAUAUCAAAGCAAGAUGAAACUAAAUCAAGUAGCUAACAAAACCAUACAGAGUUUAAAGUCUUACAUAUCUCUGCUACUUUCCCAUACGUUUACAGAACCCUUGAAAUGUAUCUUCUGUAACACUAAAGUAAUUAAUUUUUAUCUCGUUUCAUAAAAUUUGAAGCAUGAUACUAUUUUCUUUGCUUUAAAAUAGAUUAGGAUCAGUAUUAAAUCAGAACAUUGGUUUUCUAGAAAAUUAGAAAUUAGUUGACAGGAAAUCAGAUCCCUUAUGUAAAAAGUGUUGAAUUGAAAUGAAGCUGAGUGGGGUGCAGUCACCCUGUGGAAGCACCUGGAACUGAGUGAGUGACCAGAGACAGGGUCCAAAUUGGGGAAACAUGUUGCUGGGCAGAGUAUUUGCCCCCAUCCU